AUGGCGACAAAUGAUGCUGCAAACGACGAUGAAUGGGCCAAGGCCGAAGGCGUCCCUAGCCUAAGCGACCCUUUCAUCCAACAAUACCUCCAAGGCCGAGAUGCACUGGUGCAGCAAGAGAAGAGACAACGAAGUGACUACCUCUUUCGCCAAAAUCUAUCGCCUAUGGCCCAGGAAGCGUGCGCUAUCGUCUCUCAGAUCCGUUUCGAGGAGCAACAAACGCUUUGGACUAAAGAUUAUGAGGACAGCCUGUUGACCGAUCAUGUCGAUGUCUUCCCGGGAAUGAUGUUCUCGCUUGCCAAAGAGCGCAUGGAGAAGAGCAAGUUAUGGCAGAUCAUCAAGAAGAUGCCAAAGGGCGCACUACUGCAUUGCCACUUGGAAGCCAUGGUCGACCUUGACUGGGCCAUCGAAGAAGCUCUCAAUACCGAAGGUAUUUGCGUAGUUGCUGAUGGCCCGAUCACCGACAGCCAGACCAGGCGCAAAACCGGCUUCUCUUUCACUUACUCCAAAGACGCCAAAACCGAAAUGUCGAUCUGGGACGACGGCUACGCUGCCAAGACCCCAAUACCCGUGAAUCAAGCCGCAGACAGUUUUCCAGACGGUGGAAAAGCAGCGUUUAUCGAGUGGAUCCGCUCCCGCGUCACCAUCACUGCAUCCGAGCACCUCUCCCACCAUGAGGGGCCCAACGAAGUGUGGCGCAAGUUCAUGUCGUGCUUUCCUAUACUCGGAUCCCUGAUCUACUAUGAGCCUAUUUUCCGCAAAUUCAUCCGCAGAAUGUGCAAAGCCUUGGUCGACGACGGCGUAUACUAUGUCGAUCUACGCUCAGCUUUCUAUACGCCCUACCGUAGUGCGAAGAAGGAGAACUGGGAUGAAGAUUGGUUUAAUAUGCUCGAGCACUUGGCUGAUGAGAUUGAAAAGUUCAAGGCAAGCGAAGAGGGCAAAGAGUUCUGGGGUGCAAGGAUGAUCUGGACCACAAUCAGACAAUUUGGGAAGAAGCAGGUUAUCGAGAGUAUGAAACAAUGCAUAGAGAUGAAACUAGAGUUCCCAGAGAUAAUCGCGGGCUAUGACCUGGUUGGCCAGGAAGAUCUAGGCCGUCCGCUCUCUGAUCUUGCUCCUGAACUGUUCUGGUUCCGCAAGGCCUGCGCUCAAGAGGGUGUCGACAUACCGUUCUUUUUCCAUGCCGGUGAAACGCUAGGCGAUGGCGAUUCGACUGAUGAAAACCUUUUCGACGCGAUCAUCUUGGGCACAAGACGCAUUGGACAUGGCUUUAGUCUCUACAAGCAUCCAUUACUCAUCGACAUGGUGAAAGAGAAGAGAAUCCUAGUGGAGAGUUGCCCGGUAUCUAACGAAGUACUGCGGCUAUGUGGGAGCAUCAUGUCCCAUCCUUUACCCGCGCUUCUAGCUCGCGGCGUUCCAUGCUCGCUUUGCAACGACGACCCGACCAUCCUUGGCCAAGGGCUGUCUGGUAUGUCGCACGAUUUCUGGCAAGCGCUACAGGGGUGGGAGAAUCUCGGCUUGGAGGGUUUGGGAUCUUUGGCAGAGAACAGCGUUCGUUGGGCGAGUCUGGACGAUUACAGCACGAAGGAUUGGACCCAGGAUGUGAAGGAUGGCAUGUUUGGAAAGGGUGUGCGCGCGCAGAGAUUGAAGGAGUGGGUGAGUAAAUGGGAGAGGUUCUGUGCAUGGAUCGUAGAAGAGUACGGCGUUGAUGAAAACCUAGAAUCUGAGGAGUAG